AUGCAUGAUCAAUAUGCAGUUGGCGAGGUCACAUUGAAGGACUGCUCUUUUGCUUGGUGCAAGAGGGAUCAAAAGGUGGACAGUCCUGCCUUGGAUGGUAUGAACUUGCUAGUUGAGAGCGGCUCGCUUGUUGGCAUCGUGGGUACAGUGGGCGGCGGCAAGACAUCCCUUCUGUCGGCCAUCGUCGGAGACAUGAGGCACCUCAGCGGCUCUGUCGCUCUCAACGGCUCAGUCGCUACCGUAUCUCAAGCGCCACAAAUACUAAACAUGAGCGUACGAGACAACAUAACCUUCGGUCGGAAAUUUGAAGAGCUGUACUACAGCAAAGUUGUGGAAGCUUGCCAACUGUCACGCGACAUUAACAGGAUGCCAGCAGGAGACCUCACCGAAGCUGGGGACAAGGGUGAAAUGCUGAGCGGUGGCCAGAAGCAGCGAGUGGCACUCGCGCGCGCCGUGUACUCGCGCAGCGACAUCUACCUGUUGGACGAUCCGACCAGCUCUCAAGAUGCUCGCGUGGCGCAGAGCAUCAUGCGGCGAGUACUAGGACACGGUGGCAUCUUGGGCAACAAGACACGAGUCCUGGUGACGAACAAUUCAAGGCUGCCUUUAUCUCCAAAUCAAUGGGUAUUGAUGCACGAGAAGAAAGGAAUCACGUUUCGUGAUUUGAAAGACCUCAAAAACCACCCUUGUGCACCACUAAAAUUAUUUGAGAAACCGACGUCGAAGCGUCUGCCGGAACGUACAAACAGCUUGAACGGACCGCAGUCAGAAGACGAGGAGGCAAUACGGGUCAUAAAAGAAGAAGGAAUGUCAAGAAAGGGAUGUUUCGAAAUCGUUCGAGCAUACUUCAAAUACUCUGGCGCAUGCGCACCGAUAGCACUGUCGUGCUUGGUAGCGAGCGCCGCAUUUGUGGCCUGUCAAAUGCUUUGCGUUAAAGCUUGGGCAGCGACGAUGAUAGGCAGCACCGAGACCACGACGCAUUCAAGCCGGAGCAUUAUACGUUGGCUCGCUGUGUUUUGCAUUGGAGACGUCAUCCUAAGGCUUGCCGGAGGCACGCUGCUGGCGUGCGCCAACCACCACCGCUCAAUGGAGUUGCACGCCAACAUGCUGGAGUGCGUCGCCGGCAGUGCGCUCUCUUUCUUCGACGCUACGCCGAGAGGCCGCAUCUUCAAUCGUUUUUCCGUGGAUCUGGAAAUGAACGACACUCGCGUAUUUGUGUUCUCCAAGCUGCUUAUGCAGAACAUCCUCUUUGUGUUCGCGCGUCUCGCUGUAAUCGGAACCCAGGCGCCCUUAGUGUUUGGCCUUACCGUUGGUGCUGAAGUCAUCCUAUUGUUUUGCAUGCGUUACCUGAUACGUGGCACGAUGUUUGGACGCCUCUACGAAAGCACCCGGUUGUCUCGAGUGCUCCAGCACCUGACUGAGACACUCGAUUGCGUUCCAUUUGCCACAGUGGUGGUUUUCCUUGGCGGAUUUUGGAACGCCCUGCAUGGUGCCUGA